CGAGGCUGUGACGUCAAGGGGGCGUGUCUUGAGAAAGGACAGCAAGGACUCCACCAUGGGAGAAAGCUUCCAUGAUCAGCUGACAGAAGAUGGCGCCUUCCUCAGGGCUGAGAGGAGACUGGACACAGAAUUGGUGGACAAAAUCAUCCUGCAGCUCAACAGAAUCUACCCACAAAUACUCACAGACAAGGAGGCCACAAAGUUCCGAAACCUAGACGUGCCUACGUGUGUCCGCCUGGGCGAGCUCCUGAUGCACCUGCAGGGGAAAGGCGAGGAAGCGUGCAGGGAAUUUUACCGGGCACUUCACCUGCAUGUAGAGGACGUGUACUACAGCUUACCUACACGCCUGCGCCUCAGAGAUUCUGCUGAUCCCCUCACAUAUCCGACAAGUGCCUACAAACAGAGACAAGUUAUGAAUGAUAAAGGCCCCUUCUUCUUCCUAGGCUGUUUCAGUAUUACAGUUGGAAUGGCAUUAGUCUAUUAUUAUGGUGAAGCCAAGAUGGCGGGAGGCAGCCGGGCCCUUGGCAUGGCAGCUCUGGGUUUGACGCAAAAAGCCCGUGAGGUUCUUAUAUGGUACACCGAAGAAAGCCUUAUCAAGUAAGAAUUGACUGAUCCUCAGUGGCCAUAAGGAUUCAGCAAAAACUAUCUGUACCAAAGCACAGCACCACACUUUGCCUUGUCAAAUAUGUAAUACUUUUUCUUUAUGUAUUACUAUUUUGGGGGUCCAAUACAAUGAUGAUGGGGCACAUUUGGGUCCACAGUUGCUUAUACUUGGUGGAUAUCUAUUUAAUUUAAGGGAAGUCAACUAUUAAAAUGAACAGGGAAGUAUAAGAUACUUAGCAGACUCUGCUUAUAAUAUUAAUAACAUUUUGUCAACUGUCACAAUGCAGUAUAUAGAAUUGUGUUCAUUUUAAUUAAAUGGAAAAUCCUAAAGCAAAUAUUGCAACUAAACGUUUUUAAUUAAGAAUUUGGAAAAAUGUCGCCCUCGUGUGGUGUGAAUAGAGUACUUGCACAAAGCCAGUCUGUAAAAGGCAGCGUAAAAGCGCCAAAUAACGUCCUUAAAAAGUGCUCAAUUUUUUAGACAGAUACAAUUUCGUCAAACAGACUGCAUGUUUUGACUUUAAAAGCAACCAGUUUGUGACUCGUUACUGCAGGAGCUAACCAUUUCCGGGUCUAUGCCACCGCUUCAGAGUAAACAUUUUACUCAAGAAGAAACGUGUGGUGACUAAUGUAGUCACGUGACUGCCGCAGCAGCCAAUCAUUUCUGUGUCUGUCACGCAGUGCCUUAUGGGUGGCACCUCGAUGCUUAAAAAAUGUCGUAAAAUGCCGACAUAACAUCUUGAAUACUACGCCUACACAAAGUUAACGAUUUAAUGUAAUCAGAUAAUCAACAAUGUCGUAACAGUUAAUUAUAGAAAACAAACUAAGCCAAAUGGCUAGCACCGUAAGUAAAGAUGCACCGCGGGAUUACCAUUAUAAAUACACUAGUAUUCGCUGUUUAUAUGACGUGUUGUAUGAAAGGAGAGAAGGUUAGCACUCCCCUUGACAAGGAUGGAAAUGGCCCCUGUGGCCUGCAACACAUAUAUGGUUAAGGCAUUGCCACCUACUUCGUGGCAUCUCUAACCAAGUUUUUUAAUAUUAAUAUUCCUUAUUACUUUUAGUUUUCUCUGCUUAUGCGUGCUACUUCUUGAGGAAAACAUAUUGCUAUUUAAAUUACAGAAUUGAGAGCUUCUGUCAGAUUUUUUGCACAUAUUUAGUCCACACAAUCUAAACAAAAAUGAUUAUAUUUUUAAAUGUUUAUAAAUUGCACCCUUGUUGUUGAGAAACUUUUCUAUCCUAAAGCAGGCCUAUUUGCGCACAUCCACGCUUUGGUGCCUUUUGCAAACUAUAUAUUUAUGUGUAUUUUUUGUUGUAAUAUCAGUCAGUUUGAAAGUAAUCUAAUUCAAGGGCCUUAUGACAAAACAUGUGUACUACCAUAAAUGCUCCAACUAUAGCGCUUUAAUGUUUAUUUACUGAAACUACAAAGAGGAUGCAUGAUCAAUUCUACCAUGAAGACUAAACAUUUAAAUCAACUUUAUUUGAAUAUAACAACUUAAAGAACAAUAAUGGUGUUCACAUAGUGCAGCUGACAUCAUGGUGUAAUUGUUUAUAAAUUUACAUACAUUACAUACCAACAUUUUAUGGCACAAGCAGAGCUAAAUAAAUCUGCUGAAUGCUAACCAUUCACAAUACUUAAAUGCAUGUGAAAUUGUGCAAACUGUAUAGUGGUUAACUGCUAGCCGUUAAUUGGAGCAUGUACGGUACAUCAUGAAGACACGGUGCCUUAAGAACAAGUUGAUUUCAUGUAUUUCUUCUUAUUGUGCAGUUAUGUGUUAAUAUUUAAUAUUCCUGUGCCUGAAUUUUCCUUGCUUUGUGAUGUAAAGAAGCCUUCAGUAUAGACAAAGUGCCUCUAGGCAAGGCAAGUUUAUUUCUAGAGCACAAUUUGUUCACAAGGCAAUUCAAAGUGCUAUAUUAUAACAAUAAACAUAAUCACAACACUCAUCUGAUGUUUGGAUUGUA